GUGGAUGGAUCGGUCGGCGAAGAGAUGCGGCAACCGCAACCCCGCCGCCGACCUCACGGACGACCUCAUCGUCGAGAUCCUCUCGCGGCUCCCGGCCAAAUCAGUCUGCCGCUUCAAGUGCGUCUCCCAGCACUGGCUCCACGACCUCAUCGCCCACCCCAACUACCGCGCCAACCUCCCCCAGACGCUCACCGGCUUCUUCCGCUGUAUUGACAUGCCAAGCCCCAGCGAUGGCAGUACCGUGUCGUCUCCCGAUCUCGCCAGUGGAGACGAUGACGACGACGACGAAGAAGACGAGGACAUUGCUGAUGAAUACGACUCGGGCGAUGACGCGCCAUCGGUUCCUGAUUUCGUGAGCAUAGUGAAAGAGCAUCAGGUCGUCUCCCCCUCCCUGUCCUUCUUGCCGAGUGGGCUGUACAGAAGCGUCGCCCCCAGGCACUGCUCCAACGGCCUUCUCGUCUGCCUCUGCUGGAAGGCUUCCCCGAGGAACGAAGCUGACUACGUGGUGUGCAACCCGGCCACCGAGCAGUGGGUCGUCUUGCCCGGCAACGGCCACACCGACAGGUCGGAGAUGCAGCUGCAUCUGGCCGUCGACCCCGCCUCCUCCUCCGGACACUUCCACCUCUUUGCCCUCCAGAAGAACGAGCAUGGAUACCUUAUCGGAGCGGACAUAUACUCCUCGAAAACGAGAGCCUGGAGUUAUAGUGAGAGCGGCUGGGUCCACGAAGACAUGCUGUACCCGGUUCCGCACAGCGUCUUCUUCCAUGGCAUGCUGUACUUUGUCACACUCAGCUCCACGAUCGUCGCCGUUGACACGGAGGGGACGACGACGUGGUCCACCAUCUCGAUGCAGGAAACCAUGGAUGACGACUACUCCUCUCAGAUGAACGCCGCCUUCGUCGGGGUAUCCCAGGGGCGCUUGCAUUACCUGGCCAACAAGCGCAGCGACGAAUCCGAGCUGUCGGUGUGGGUCCUUCGCGAUGACGACGAAUGGACCUUCAAGUACAACAUAAGCACAAGCACAACCAGUCUUUUUGGAGCCAAGUUAAACGACCUAGGUGACUAUUCUUUGGUUGCGAUCCAUCCGGAAUGCAGCACCAUCUUCUUCACUGUGAGAGGCGACAACAUACUCUUGUCCUAUCACAUGGAUCGUGGGGAGGUUCGUGUUCUCGGCAGUCUCAUUUCUUACUUCGAUGGGUGGUCGCGCUAUCCAUAUCUUCCAUACGUUCCCUCCUUCAGAUCCAUUGCUUGA